CGCCGGACGCGAGUUAUUUGUCGGUGAAAUGGCAGUCAUCAAGUCCGUGUUCGUUUGCGUCGCGAUCGCCUUCGUGGUCGAAGCGUACGACUUCAAAUUCCCGGUCGCCGGUACCGCCUACGGGUCGGUUAGAGGUGUUACGAGGUACUCCCGAGGCGGUAGACAGUACGACUCCUUCACGGGGAUACCAUACGCGAAACCGCCGGUCGGCGAGCUUAGGUUCGCGGCUCCGCAAGAUGUCGAGCCGUGGGAUCCCGAAUUCGCGCUGGACGCCACGAAAGAACCGCCGAUUUGUAUUCAACGGAACUACGUGUUUUCCAACAACCCACCAAUCGAAGGCCAGGAGGACUGCCUCUAUCUCAACGUCUACGCGCCCAAGACCGGUGUUUACCGCAGAGAUGAUUCCGGUAAUGGUACACUGCUACCGGUACUCGUCUUCAUCCAUUGGGGCGGGUUUUUUGCCGGUCGCAGUACCACCGGCUACUUGGGUCCGGAUUAUCUGAUGGAUAAAGACGUUAUAUUGGUGACUUUCAAUUACCGCCUGGGGCCUUUCGGAUUCCUCUCGACCCUCGAUGACGCCGCGCCCGGCAACUGGGGUCUAAAGGACCAAGUACUGGCUCUCAAAUGGAUCAGGAACAACAUCGAGGCAUUUGGUGGCGACAAAGACAGGGUCACGAUUUCAGGCCAGAGUGCGGGCUCAGUGAGCGCCCACUACCACAUGUUGAGCCCUUCUUCGAAAGGGUUGUUUAACCAGGUGGUGACUGACAGCGCAACGAGCCUGGUGAUCUGGGGUACGCCGUUGAACGAGGUCCGUCUCCAAGUAACUAUCGCCCAGUCGCUAGCAGUGGGAUGCCCUAACACCACCAAUACCACCGCUAUCGUCCAAUGUCUGAGGGCGGUACCGGCUCAGACUAUAAUGCAGUCGCAGGAUCUGCUCAGGACCUUCUACGGCGACACGGUGACUGUAUUCUCGGCCGUAGUCGAACGAGAGAGCAUCAACAAUCCCGACCCGUUCAUCACCAAAACACCAACGGAGUAUAUCGAAACGGGGGAGUUUAGGGACGUACCCUGGAUGGUGGGUCUGGUCCAGAACGAGGGCAUCCUCAGAGCGCCGAGCCGAAUCAGGCCGAAGGAAAUCAGAGACGCGUUAAACGCCAACUUCGCCCAGAUCCUCAUCGACAUCCUGGGAUUGGGGCUCAGCAGCCCAGAUAACCCGAGACGUCUCUACCAGCAGUUGAUCGAUUUCUAUCUGAGCGGUCAAGAGUACGUGAACGUUUCUGAUCCGAGGAGCGUCCAAGGUUUUCUCAACCUCUAUUCCGACCGCCUCGUCGUGUACGGGGUGUACCAGACGUUGAUGCUGCAGGCCUCCAAAGCCACGAAGCCGAUUUAUCUGUACAAUUUGGACUACAGGGGGCGGUACACGUACGGCGAUUACUUCGCCGCCACCGACGAGGAUAUAGACUUUGAGUGGGGGGCGUCGCAUUGUGACGAACUGCUGUACCUCUUUAGCUCUGACGACCUGUUCCCCAAGCUGACGGGUCAGGACGUCGUCUUGAGCGAGAAAAUGGUCGCCCUUUGGAGCAACUUCGUCACGUACGGGGAUCCAAAUCCGCCAGAGAGUCCGGUCUUGGACCGCUCGAUCUGGACGCCGCUGAGCGUCGACGUCACCCCCGACGACGUCCGCUUGCUCAACAUCACCGGGAACUACGAGACGGGCCCCGCGUUUCAACCCCAACGCGGGUACUACCCGGAGAGGAUGAAGCUUUGGUCAGGGUGUGACAUCAUCGAGAACAAAGGCGUCGCGACGACGCGCUAAGACGCCGAAAUUUUUACCGCGUGCAUAUUAAAAAAAACAUUAUACCGAGGAGUAAUAUCGAAAAUAUUUAUUAGAGAAAUGAGAAAAAAAUAUACAAAAAAAGAAACACUGUUACACACGUAA